AUGAAAAGCGAUCACUUGCCUAUCGAUGAGUCCAUACGUUUGGCGAAUGAAGAGUUUGAAGACGUGAUGGAAAGCAAUGAUGUGGUCAAAGGGUUGGCCACUAUUGAGCCCUAUAGGGAGCAGAGUGUUUACCACAGCUUUAUUAGGUGUCUGUAUCUCAUAAUGACUGCAAUGACUUCCGUCGAAAAGGUGGACAUAGAAGCGGCACAACAAUCAGUCAACGAUUCGAUCAAAAUAUGCAACAAAUACCGAAAGACUGGUUUAGUAUUAAGUGUUAUGAAAAUGAUUAAAACACCUAAUUAUGAGAAAUACACUGAUUGUGAUUAUUGCAAACAAAUACUGAGGACCCGUUCCCAAUGGGAAAGUGAGACAUCGAGGCUUACUUUCGAGGGGGGUGUUAGAAUGAGCACCGGCUUCUCACACCUGGCUAUCAGUAAUACUCCGCCAAAGAUACUACGGAUCAUUAACUUUUUGGGUAUCAGAGGUGUUGAGAGUGUCGGAUGGGCGCAGAUCAACAAGGUCGCUUUUGAGUUACCUGCAUUAUUCAGUCAGUUAGCCAGGCUGUUUCGGAUUCUAUGCUGGACAUAUGGGGAUACACACGGGGGAAUGGGUCCCAUAAAUAUAGACAUAUGCACUCAACUACUAGAUAAGGAGCUGAACAAAUAUCCUAAAAAUUUAAUGCUAAAUAUAUUCCGGGCAAAAGUGGAGCAAUUAAAUGGCAAAAUAGAUUCGGCCAUUGAAUGGUACCUCAGAUUACUGGAUGACCCACACGUAACACCAAGGCGAUUUUUAUAUUUCGAGUUAACUUGGUGCUAUGCAUUACAAUCUAAUUGGGAUACAUGUAUUGAAUACGCGGAAAAGUUUCGCACCGGUAGCUUAUAUACACCGGCCAUCGCUACAUACAUGGAAGCUGUGUUCAGAUACGCUAAGAGUGCAAUUAAUGAUGACCAGGAUGAAAAACAAAAGGCAACUGAACUAUUCGAACUUGUGCCGACUCUUCGGAUCAGACAUUUGGGCAAAACUAUGACACCGGAAAAGGCGGCGAUUGUGAGGGCACAGGAGUACAUUAAAAAUAAUGAGCAACUCAUUCUGCCGGAUGUGGCAAUACUUUACGACAUGAAUUAUAUGCUUUGUAUUAGAGGCGAUACGAUUCAUCAGAUUACUUAG